AACAAAACGAAAAUCACUCACUACAAAAAUAGUUAUAGCGUUGGUUAUAGAUUGUUCAAUCAGUUCUUUGUUUCCUGUUGAAAUAACAAUCUCUUAACCUAAUCAAUAAAAAUGCAUUAUUAGACCUUGUAAUUAUAUCACAGAGAAUAGAAACUGAAAAUGUUAGCCCCACCGGAAGGCUCCACAAAUAAUGUAGACAAAACGCCUCUUGUAGGAGGCACUAGUUCUUCAGUAAUGAGGCGGAUAUCAGGAAUAUUCAACAAAAACAACUAUGGACCUUCCAGCAGUAAUUCUGACUCGAGUUAUGUCCAAUUUACAUCAUUUUCCGAUGAAUCUAGCACUAGGACUUUGGGGUCCUUUGCCGGAGUAUUUGCACCAGUUAGUUUGUCCAUGUUUUCUGCCUUAAUUUUUCUUCGAAUGGGAUAUAUUGUAGGAAACGCUGGAUUAUUAGUUACCCUUGCUCAGUUUGCCAUAGCUUACACGAUACUUAUAUUCACAGUUAGCUCUGUUUGUGCUAUAUCUACAAAUGGGGCUGUUGAAGGGGGUGGAGCAUAUUUUAUGAUAAGUAGGACUUUAGGGCCGGAAUUCGGAGGCUCUAUAGGGACUCUAUUCUUUUUGGCCAACGUUGUUAGCAGUGCCCUAUGCAUUUCUGGUUGUGUUGAAGGGUUGGUUGAAAAUUUUGGACCAUCAGGCUAUUUUAUAAAAAACAUACUGAAAGAUGGUCGUUGGUGGGAAUUUUUAUACUGCACGGCCCUAAAUAUAGCAAAUCUCAUAAUAUGCCUCAUUGGUGCGGCAAUGUUUGCCAAAACCACUGUUUUUGUCUUGGCCAUUGUAUGCGUUUGUUUGGCUAUUACAUUUUUCAGUUUCUUUUAUCAAGGGAUCAUUGAGGUUCCAGUACCAGCCUCAAACACCCUAAUACACAAUAUAACAAAUUUCACUUAUACUGGCUUGAAUUCCACAACUCUAUACAGUAACCUUUUUGAGCAUUAUGGCAAAGAUUACACAGCAAAAGGUGAAUUAGUUACGUUUGCCACUGUAUUUGGUGUAUUAUUUUCGGGAGUUACUGGGAUUAUGGCAGGCGCUAAUAUGAGCGGUGAAUUGAAAAAUCCUGGAAAAUCAAUCCCUAGAGGAACCCUAUCUGCAAUAGGAUUUACUCUCACAAUUUAUUUAUCCAUGUCUCUAUUGGUUGCCUCUACAAGCACUAAGGACCUGAUGCAAAAUAAUUAUUUGUUUUUGGCUGGAGUCAGUGUUUUUCCAGCCAGUGUUGCCAUUGGUCUAUUCACAGCCACAUGGUCCGCAGCCCUAAGCAACGUAAUUGGUGGAUCCAGAGUUUUAGAGGCCUUGGCAAAAGAUCGCAUUUUUGGUUCCAUUCUGGAUUUUAUACCAAAAGGUACUUGGAAAGGAAAUCCUGUAGCUGCAGUUCUAGUGACGUCAUUUUUGGUACAACUAGUCCUAUUGAUUGGUUCUCUCAAUUUAAUUGCGCAGUUGAAUUCUGUGCUAUUUUUAUUGAGUUACUUGGCAACUAAUCUUGCUUGUUUGGGCUUGGAACUUGCUGGAGCACCAAAUUUCAGGCCAUCGUUCGUUUAUUUCACUUGGCAUACGGCCUUUAUAGGGCUUCUAGGAACUUUUAUAAUGAUGUUUGUGAUAAAUCCCAUCUAUGCCGCCUGCAGUAUUUUGCUAUGUUUGCUUCUGGUGAUAUUUUUACAUUUAUUUUCACCUUCAAAAGGAGCUGAUUGGGGUAGUAUAUCACAAGCUUUAAUUUUCCACCAGGUUCGUAAAUAUCUUCUCCUGCUGGAUUCUCGCAAAGACCAUGUGAAAUUUUGGCGCCCUCAGGUAUUGCUUCUAGUCAACAACCCAAGAUCUGCUUGUCCUUUGAUCGAUUUUAUCAAUGGCCUGAAAAAAGGUGGAUUAUAUGUUUUGGGGCAUGUGGUUAGAGGAGAAUCUAAUGAAGGUCCUGAUCCCACUCUAGACAUGACGCUUCAUUGGCAAAAUUUGGUUGAUCACUUGAAGGUCAAAGCGUUUAUAGAAUUAACUGUAGCAAAAACUAUAAGAGAAGGCCUACAGCAUUUGAUGCGUUUAAGUGGAAUGGGAGCAAUGAAACCAAAUACUGUUAUUAUUGGGUUUUUGGAUAAUCAGGAACCAAUGGACUUUUUAGUUGAGUCAGAAUCUCCUUACAAACAUGUUGACUUUGAAAAUGACUUAUUUCCCAUGGAGGGGCAUGGUUCUUUGGAACCUUUAGAGUACAUUCAAAUGAUGAGGGAUGUUCUGAGAAUGAACAAAAAUCUUUGUCUUUGUAGGAACUUUGCCAAACUAAAAAAGGAUCUUAAAAUUGUAAAAUCCAAAUUAUACAUUGACGUUUGGCCAGUAAACUUCUUGAAUCCCGGCGAACAAGAUGCUUUUGAUAUUACUUCAUUAUUCAUGAUGCAACUUGCUUGUAUCGUCAAUAUGGUUCCCUUGUGGAGCCAAUUGAAAUUGAGAAUUUGCGUUUGUGAUGAAACUCGUACCAGUUAUUUCCAGCUUAAUUCUACUGGGCAAAAUCAUACAGAAAAAUUGAAAAUGAUGCUGAAAAAAUUAAGGAUUUCUGCUGAAAUAUUUCCGAUUAGCGAGUGGGGAAAUGUGAUCGAAUCACACGGAUCUAAUAUGGCAACGUAUGUGAAAAGUUUCAAUAAUUUGAUUCGUGAUCAAACAGCUGAAACAGCAGUGACUUUCAUUUACCUUCCUGCACCACCUGUAGAGGACGAGCAUGUUGCAAGUUAUUACAGUAAUUUGGAAAUAAUUUCCAGGGACUUGCCUCCUACAAUAUUUGUUCAUGGGGUUAGCAUGGUUACGUCAACAACUUUGUAAGAAAUAGGCCAAAACUUAGAGAAUAAGACUAUUUUUUUUUUUAAUGUAGAUGAAUAAUUAUUUUGCGUUAAGGACAAAGAUAGUUGAGAACUUUAGCAAUUAUUAAUAAGGACAACAGUAUAUUAUGAUAUAAGUGCAUAAGAGGGCAUUUAAAGCACGCGCGGCAUAUUUCAAAACACGACUCGCAGCAGAGUGUUUUGUAAGUCGCAAGGGCUUUAAGCCUUUAAAUGCCCUCUUUUACACGCAUAUCAUACGCUAUUUUUUAUUACGAAUGCAUCAUAAUCUCAAAAAUGUUUUAAAAGUGUUCAUUCAUUUUGAUAAGUAGUAAUUUAAAUGGCAGAUCGAACGUUUCUAUAGCAAACCUUUGAAAAGGUAGACGCAUCAUAAACAUCAUUUUAUGCACGCUGCAGCGUGCGAUAAUCGUCGAUUAUGAUGCAUGCGUAAUAAAAAAAUCUUUUUUAUAAGACCAAUGAUGCCUUAUUUAUAUAUGAUUUUAUUUAUUUGAGAAGUAUGUAAUAAUCUGUGAUGUAAACACAACUUUGUAUGAUAUACUUUAGUAUUUUAUGUAAUACAAAUAUUUUUACUAUAA